AUGUCUGAUCUUUUAUUAUAUUCGAUCAUGCACAAUCCUCAGUGCAUUGGUCAUAAUAACAACACAUUUCCGAAACAACAACCCCAGACACAAAUCUCAUUACCACCUUUAUCGUCUUUAUUACCACCAAUUCAUAAUUAUCACUACCAUAAUCAUCAUCAUCACCACAAUACAAAUGACGUGAUCUUACCACCACCUUCUAACUACACCACUGCACCAUUGAUUCACAGCGGGUCCAUUACUCCAACCCAAAACCACCAUCCUCUCACUGAAUCCAAUUUAAUUAAGCAAAACAUGGAACCUUCUAAUGGCUUGGGUCUUUUGACUUCAGCCAUAUCUUCGUUGCCUUCUUGUUCACCAGCUUCUUCGGUGGCUUCAAUGUCAUCACCAUCUUCCCCAAAUAUGAAAUCCAGAACUAAAAGAAGACAAAGAUUAGGACCAAGUUGUGAUUCUUGUAGAUUAAGAAAGGUUAAGUGUGAUGCUGACAUCAUCAUUCUUGCCAAACAAAAUGGAUUACAAUCAGUUGCCCUUCAUCACCCAAACGUUGCCCUUGAAGAACAAUUAAAUGCACUUGCCCAAGGUCAAUCUAUUCCUAUUAAUGAAGAAUACAAUUUGAUUGUAACUAAUGACAAGUUGAUUAAGUUCAAGAGUUGUCACAGUUGUAAUUUGAAACAAUUACCUUGUUGUUUCUCCAAGGGAUUCACCAAGGAAGACAUCAUGAGUAACAAGAGACUGUCUACUGCUACAUCUCCUGCUAUGACUACGACCACCCCAUCUGUGAUCAAAAAGAGUAAACCAGUCAUCAAGAAGAAAGCCUUACCAAAAUCAUCCCCAAUAAUACUGGCAAUCACACAACAAUUAAAACCAAUUACUCCUAUGGCCAUUGCUUCGGUGAAGCAAGAGUUACCAGAAGAACAAUUUGCCGCUGGUCGCAAAUCUUCGUGUAUCUCAUGCCGCAAAAGAAAAGUCAGAUGUGUUUACAAUGCCACAUUAAACAAAUGUGAAGGAUGUAAUAAGAAAAAGUCUGAUUGUGUUUAUGACAAACAAAAAUAG